AUGGAGACAACCCUACAUUAUGAUCUUGGCAACAUCUAUCACAGUUUCGGAGAAUUACAGAAAGCCAUAGAGUACCAUGAACGAAGCCUAAAAAUAUCGAAAGAAUUGGGAGACAGGGCAGAAGAAGGAAGAGCGUACAGUAAUCUUGGCGACGACUAUUACAGUUUUGGAGAUUUUCAGAAAGCCAUAGAGUACCAUGAACGACACCUCAAAAUUUCGAAAGAACUGGGAGACAGGGCAGGAGAAAGAAAGGCGUACUUGAAUCUUGGCAACGCCUAUUACAGUCUUGGCGAUUUCCAGAAAGCUAUAGAGUACUAUGAACAAAACCACAAAAUUUCGAAAGAAGUGGGAUACAGGUUAGGAGAAGGAAGAGCGUACCGUAAUCUUGGCUACGCCUAUCACAGUCUUGGAGAUUUCCAGAAAGCCAUAGAAUACUUUGGAGAAGACAACAACAUUUCGAAAGAAGUGGGAGACAGGGCAAGCGAGGGAAUAACGUACCGUAAUCUUGGCUACGCCUAUCGCUGUCUUGGAGAUUUUCAGAAAGCUAUAGAGUACCAUGAACGACACCUCAAAAUUUCGAAAGAAGUGCGAGACAGGGCAGGAGAGGGAAUAGCGUACUGUAAUCUUGGCUACACCUAUCACAGUCUUGGAGAUUUCCAGAAAGCUAUAGAGUACCAUGGACGACACCUCAAAAAUUCGAAAGAAGUGGGAGACAGGGAAGGAGAAGGAAAAGCGUACCGUAAUCUUGGCGUCGCCUACAGAAAUCUUAGAUGUUUCCAGAAAGCCAUAGAGUACGAUGAACGAAGCCUAGAAAUUUUCAAAGAAGUGGGAGACAGGCCCGAAGAAGGAAGAGCGUAUGGUAAUCUUGGUAACGCCUAUGACAGUCUUGGAGAUUUCCAGAAAGCCAUAGAGUACCAUGAACGACGCCUAGAAAUUUCGAAAGAAGUGGGAGACAGGGAAGAAGAGGGAGGAACGUACUGUGACCUUGGCAACGCCCAUUUCCGUCUUGGAGAUUUUCAGAAAGCCAUAAAGUACCAUGAACAACACCUCAAAAUUUGGAAAGAAUUGGGAGACAGGAAAAAAGAAGGAGGAGCGUACGGUAAUCUUGGCUGCGCCUAUGAGAGUCUUGGAGAUUUCCAGAAAGCCAUGGAGUACUAUAAACGAGACUUCAAAAUUUCGAAAGAAGUGGGAGACGGGGCAGAAGAGGGAAGAACGUACUGUAAUCUUGGCAACGCCUAUAGGAGAGGUGGAGAUUUCAAGAAAUCCAUAGAGUACCAUGAACGAGACCUCAAAAUUUCGAAAGAAGUGGGAGACAGGGCAGGAGAGGGAAGAGCGUACUGUAAUCUUGGCAACGCCUUUGACGAUAUUGGAGAAUUCCAGAAAGCCAUAGAUUACAGUGAACAAGCCCUAAAAAUUUUUAAAGAAGUGGGAGACAGGACAAGAGAAGGAGUAGCGUACUGUUCUCUUGGCAACGCCUCUAACAGUCUUGGAGAUUUCAAGAAAACAAUAGAGUACUGUGAACGAGGCCUAGAAAUAUUUAAAGAAUUGGGAAACAGGGAACAAGAAGGAAUAGCGAACGCUUUUCUUGGCGACGCCCACCAAAGUCUUGGAGAUUUCCAGAUAGCCAUUCAGUAUUAUAAGAACAGUGCUAUAGCGUUUGACCAUAUCAGCAGAAAGCUCAUAACUAAUGAUGAAUGGAAGAUUAGCCUAAGGAGUAAGUAUGAUCUUUGUUAUUCGAAGCUGUGGGGGCUGCAGUUUAAGCAAGGUAAUGUCGUCGAGGCACUUUUAACUGCUGAUCAUGGACGUGCACAAGCUUUAAACGAUCUUCUGGAGUUCAAGUAUGGGUUUAAAGGGUUACCUUCAGAAAUAGGAACACUCUCUGCAACAGCCCCUGACAUUCUUAGUUACCUACCAUCAAAUACAGCUUUUAUAGGUAUCAACAAGGAAGGAAUAGUUCUCUGGGUGAACGAGAAAGGAAAAGAAAUCAAAACUAGAAGAAGCCAGAUCGAUGUCUCCGUCACAACCUAUUUUCAAUCUCUUUUGGAAACUACACGUAAAGAAAUAGGUGUGAGAGUUGAUGUUAAUUGUGAAGAUCGCUCAUUAAAAAGCCCAAGCGAUGAAAUGUUAGCGGAAGAAAGAUCCAGUAACCCAAGGUCUCAAUCCUCACGUUUUGAGACAAAGUCAUUACAAACAUUUUACAAUGUUGUUAAAGACCCUAUAAGAGACUUACUCCAUAGCGAUGAGGUUGUGAUUGUGCCACAAGGACCUCUGUGUUUGGCGCCUUAUGCUGCUUUCAUGGAUUUGAAAUCAAAGUACCUCUGCGAAACCGUUAAAAUUCGUCUGCUUCCCUCCCUUUCUAGUCUGCGGUUAAUCCAAAAUUGUCCAGCAGAUUGGCACAGCAAGACUGGCGCCCUUCUCGUCGGCGAUCCAUGGGUACAGGAGGUACCGGUAGUUCAUGGAAAAAAACCACUAGAGCAGUUAGAAUGGGCCAAAAAGGAGGUGCAGAUGAUUGGGGAAAUACUUCAAACUGUACCUCUCGUUGGAAAACAGGCAACAAAAGAUGGAGUCUUAACACGUAUCUCCUCGGUUGCGUUGGUGCAUAUUGCUGCUCAUGGCAAUAUGGAAACAGGAGAAAUUGCUUUGGCCCCAAACAAAACACUUUCAUCCUUGAUUCCAGACAAGGAAGACCAUCUCUUAACUAUGAAAGAUGUUUUAAAGGCACAGAUUAGGGCAAGACUUGUGGUACUUAGUUGCUGUCAUAGUGCCCGGGGAGAAGUCAAACCGGAGGGUGUGGUAGGCAUCGCACGGGCAUUUUUGGGUGCUGGUGCUCGUUCUGUUCUGGUGUCCCUGUGGGCGAUUGACGACGAGGCGACUAUGGAGUUCAUGAAAGUUUUCUACCGAAAUCUAGUCGAUAGACGAAGUGCCAGUGAAGCUCUGAAUAAAGCCAUGAAAUCCAUGAGAGAAUCUGACCGCUUUAAUGCAGUGAAGUACUGGGCGCCGUUUGUUCUCAUUGGUGACGACGUGACGCUCGAGUUUGAGGGAAUCAAAUAA